AUGAAGCUUGUUAGACAGCAGCCAGAGGACACGACGCCUAGCAAAGACAGCACUCUGCAGGAUGACAAGGAACUAUCAACAAUAGCCCAAGAACAAGAGAUACCACAUCCAGAAAUCAUUGGAUUUCAUGUCCAUCCCCGUGACAGUUCAGACCUACCACCAAGUGAGUUUGAUGAUGUCGACAAUCAAGCUACAGAUAAUAGUGAUCAAAUUCCAAAUAAUCCUACAACCCUCAACUCGCCCCAACACAAUUGA